AUGGCCUAUAACCUGGCGUCCGACGACGAAGAGAUGGGCGAGAUUCAUUGCGCCCCGAUCUUCGCAGGACCAAGUGUAAGCGGCCGCCCGCCUGCCACCGCAGGCCUCUCAAAGAUCUCGAAGGCCUUGGUCGAUAUCAGAAGACUGGACGAGGAGAAGGCAGAAGCCUCUCGCCGCCUUAGAAGAGCAGUCUGGACGGCGGGACGGGACCCGCGAGCGAUCGGGCGAUCGGACCACUUGGUUCGGCUCGUGAUUGACGAACUUCACCGCGACGCUCAUCAGGGUGAUGCUCGGCACGGUAUCUCUCACGCCUUUAAGGCUGUCGACAACGCUCACGACGCCCGCGAGGAUGACUUCCGCCGGUUGGGCGACGCCGCCCUCACCAUCAUGCCGGCCAGCUCCAGGCCUGAGGGACUAGGCUCGUCGGGUUCAGGCCGGGCGUUCAAUGCCCAUCAUUGA